AUGACCGCCCCAUUCACCCCCGACAGCGCAGCCCCCGAGCCCUCCACCCCAAGCAACAUCUCCAUCACAGCGCUGGCCCGCUUCGAAUUCGAAGCCGGAAAGGCGAACGACGGGACUAAGAUCCUCAUGAUCGAAUGGGAAGAUAGCAGGGCGGGGUCAUGGCAUGUGUUCUGGGAAGGGAAGAAGGCUGUUUUGCCGGCUGAUGAGCAGACGAGUGAGAGUACGAGGAGGUUUUACUUUUUGUUGCCGCCGGAUGUGACGAUUCCGCCGGCUGUUACGUUGGAGUAUCAUUCGACAUCGACAGCGACAUCGACAAGUGAAAAGACAGAGACGGGGGAGGAAAGGAAUACGAUCCAACUGAACCCGCUCCCUGCGAUAUUCCCGCCCGAACUAGGUGUUACCGGUCGGUCAGCUGGGAAAAAGGGCGUGUUGCAUACGAUAUGGGCGAAGAAGAGGCUGCAGGUUCUUGAGAAGGAGAUCCGGGAGGAAUGUUUGAGUAAUGCGGAGGGCAUUGCGCUGCAUAUGGCUGUGCAGGAGAAGGAGUGGAUUGAGACGCAUUUUGGACUGGGACCUAAUGCGGAUGCUGGUAAUGAUGAGAACGGAAGCCAUGGUCAUGGGAGGAAUUACCCUAUGGGUCCGACGACGCCGGUGUCGCCUGGUGGGAGUGGGAAGUUGGGAGAGAAGCUUAAGGGGUUGAAGUUGCAGACUAGUGAGCAGGGGUUGUCGCCUAGGGAGGGAUCUGCUGCUCGUCUUCUCUCGCCUCAAUCGCCAGACGUCGCCGUUUCGUCGUUUAAUUCCUUCCAUAACGUCCACAAUCCCAACCCGCCUGCGGUGAAAGCUGUGGCGCCGCCCGAGUCGAUUCAAGCGCAACAACACGCCAACAACAGCAGCAGUGGAUUCGCGUCUAUGAACUCGUUGGCAGGGCCGUCCAACACAGACUCUGGCGAGGAGUUAUUCGCAAAGGCGCUGAGUCCGAGAUCCCCUGAUCUACCCCGGAGUCCAUUCUCUUUUGCGCCGGAGACUCUGCAUAUGUGA